AUUAACAGUGUUUUCCAUGCGUAUCAAAACAACACAGACUGACUUAUGCGUUGCUUCGUUGGAGUUUGUUUAUAAUUUUUAUGCUUUGAAGCGCGUUUUAGAUUUAUGUGUGUAUGAUCAUUAUAUGCUUGUGGCUUGAGGAGAUGUCCUGUAAUUAUGCCGACGGUUUGUCUGAUUAUCAGAAUAAAGGAGUCCUUGGAGUACCAGAGGUAUUUGAUGACGACGAUACUGUAGAUCAAAAAUGCGAACAACUUGCCAAAAUGAUUCAAGGUGCUGAACACGUCGUGGUUCACACAGGGGCAGGAAUAAGUACAAGCGCUGGUAUUCCUGAUUUUCGGGGUCCAAAAGGAGUGUGGACGCUGGAACGAAAAGGUGAGAAACCGACAAUGAAUGUUGCUUUUGAUGAGGCCAUUCCAACUAAAACCCAUAUGGGACUGAAACGGUUGGUGGAAGCUGGAUUUGUAAAAUACAUUGUAAGUCAGAACAUCGAUGGAUUGCAUUUGCGUUCUGGAUUAGAACGCAAGCACCUAGCUGAAUUGCACGGUAACAUGUUCAUUGAGCAAUGUCUCAAGUGUCGACGUCAGUAUGUUCGCAGUAAACCAGCUCCAACUGUGGGCAAAAAACUCACCGGUGCAGUUUGCAAGGGAACUAAAAAUUCUCGAGCUUGUCGCGGUGGUAAUUUGAUUGAUAACAUACUAGAUUGGGAGCAUGACUUACCCGAGGACGACUUGGACUUAGCGUUUAUGCAUUCCGCCCUGGCAGAUUUGAAUAUAUGCCUAGGUACGACACUGCAGAUAGUGCCCAGUGGUAAUCUACCUCUGCGGAAUAAGCGUUACGGUGGGAAAUUGGUUAUCUGCAAUUUACAACCAACGAAGCAUGACAAAAAAGCUGAUCUCAUCAUCUCCACCUACGUAGAUACAGUAAUUGAAAAAGUCGCAAAGAGGCUUGGAGUGGAAAUUCCUCCCUAUACUGAGGAACACGACCCCACAAAAGAUAAUCCAUGUUCAUUGGAGUGGACGAUUCCUUCGGAGGAUGUGAAGGCAUUGGACAAACAGUAUUCCAAAAUCAUACGGGAAAAGUCAAACGUUCGUAAACAGGGUUUGAACAACAGUUUUAAGGACGAAAUGGAAGACUUUGUUUUAAAAUCUAAGAAGUUGAAAAAGGAGGAGGUCGUUUAGAGCGCUACAUGAUGGAGCUGAACAGUAAUUUUAAAAAUAUAUUCGCUAAUCAAACGGACAUUAAAUUUUGUUAUUUUUUGAGUUGAACCUUUUCUCGAACGUGAUGACGUGAUGCAGAUAUCUUGAGUAAUCUUGGAAGCUUUAUACAUAUAAUAGUACACUUUUUUCGACUUUCUGGCCAAGAAUGGACGAUUAACAUGCGUCGGUAGAUAAAUUGUACCUUAAUUUAUCCAAUCCGAUCUUCCCGAAUAAAUAGAAUAUAAAUUGAACACCGGAAGGACAUUAUUCUAUCAUAUACGCCAGUUAUUUAUCCAUUCCCGGACCCAGCUGCCACAAAUACUCAGACGAACACAUACACAGAUAGACAUACGACUAGC